AUGAUGGGACUACAGCGGUGGGCUGUUGUCAUUGCUGGUGACCUUUCACCUGCAGCUUAUUUUGUUGCGCUGAGCUUCAAUAUUUGAGUUUUAGGUAAUCAUCAACCCGUCAGUCAGACCUCUGCACCCCAUUUUACCUGUGGACAGACGCUGGAGGACAGAAGACGGACAUGUUGUCCACGGCGCUGGCGCUGAGCGGCCUGCUGGCCUGCUUCCUGCUGAUAGAAUGUUCAGUGUUCCUUGACCCACGAGAUGCUGUUCAGCUGCUGCGCUCCUCCAGCAGGAGGCGCAGAGCCAACUCCUUCUCCCUGGAGGAGCUGCUGCCAGGAGACCUGGAGAGGGAGUGCUACGAGGAGCUCUGCUCGCAAGAGGAGGCUGCUGAGAUCUUCCAGUCCCAGGAGACAACGAUGGAGUUUUGGUACCGAUACAAAAAUUUGAACCCCUGCAGCACCAACCCCUGUCUGAAUGGAGGCAUCUGCACUGUGGGCCGAGGAGGAUUCACGUGUCUGUGUCCACCUACGUACCAAGGCAAAAUCUGCGACUCAGCGGUCUCCGAGUGUCGCUACAAAAAUGGAGGCUGCCUGCAGUACUGCAGAAACUUGGAGGGCGGCACUGGAGUCCAGUGUGGGUGUGCUGAUGGAUUUAGACUGGAGACGGACGGAAAGAGCUGCACGCCAACAGUUGAGUUCCCCUGUGGUCGCCAGCAGGGGCCGAUGGCCUACUACAGUCGCUCCCUGUUUGAUUCCUCUGAGGAUGUCAAUGUUACCAUGGAGAUGGACCGCAUCCUGGUCGGCAACAGCUCCACAGUCGGCGAGGUUUCUGAUAAGAACACCACGGAGACACUGAAGGAGUUCUUGACAGCUCACCCAACGUCUAGCUCCACAGGUGUGAAGGAGGAGCCGGAGGGGGCGGAGCUAAGCCCUCGUAUUGUCGGAGGAAACCUGGAGAGAGCAGGAGGGAGCCCGUGGCAGGUUCUGAUCCACAGGUCAGACGGUUUUGGUUUCUGUGGAGGGACCCUGAUCUUGGAUCAGUGGGUGAUUUCAGCCGCCCACUGCUUUGAGCAGUCUGCAGACCACGUCACGAUAGGGGACUACGAUAGAAAUCGUCCUGAUCCAGGUGAGCAAACAAUAAAGAUCCAGAAGGUCAUCGUCCAUCCACAUUUCCAUCCCUUUACCUUUGACAGCGAUAUUGCCCUCCUCUACCUGGCCCAGCCAGUCGUCAGGAGCUUCACGGCCAUCCCCGCCUGCUUGCCAGAUGCUCACCUGUCUGAAUACCUACUGAAGGACGAGACUCGGGGUGUGGUGACGGGCUGGGGGGCCACUCGGUACCUGCAGCGUUCCUCUCGCUUUCUGAGGAAGGUGACUCUGCCAGUGGUUAGGUACCAGGACUGCUCAGCAUCCACUGACCAGGUGAUCACAGACAACAUGUUCUGUGCAGGUUACCUGGACGCCAACAUGGACGCCUGCAGUGGUGACAGCGGCAGCCCAUUCAUCGUUCACUACAGAGGAGCUGGGUUUCUCACCGGGGUUGUCAGCUGGGGAGAGGAAUGCGCUGCUAAGGGGAAGUUUGGCGUUUACACUCGUCUGGGAAACUUCCUGAGUUGGAUCAGAGACACGAUGCAAAAACUGGACCUGAACGGGACCCAGAUCCAGUCAGAAUAAAGCUUUCAAACUGGAACAAACAUGAAUUACCAUCAGUUCCAAGAUCAGUUCCUGCAGGACGAUGAUAAAAUCUGGUCUAGAACAGGGAGCCCAAGAGAGAACUCCAAUAGAACCUAAGACAUUUACUUUAAAAUCAGUUGGUUUUUGUUGGUUUCUGAUGUGUCUCAAUGACUUGAGUCCAAGAAGCAGGAACCAGAGACUACAGCGACGCAGACCUUCUGCUCUGAACCCAACCCCCCUCAUCCAUAGGCUCUGAGAAGAUGUGGCAUAGUCCAGAACCACAACAAGAAUAACAGAUCCAUGCACUCAGUCUGCGAACCAUGUUGAAGUGAAUCGGAGUCUGAGUUAGAUGAAGAGUUAAGUCGUCUCUGAUUAACGUGUGACUUGUUUGGCUGUGGGUUCUAAACUGUUCACAACAGCGUUGUUAGCAUGAAAAUAUAACCUGCAGGAGAAACAUUACUUUCAAUGUCACUGGUGUACAGAAUAAAACAGAGUGGUCCUAACCCUAA